AUCGAAAUAAAUUCACAGGCACAUCAUAAAACCCUCAACAAUUCACUAUUCACUAUUUCCUUUUUCAUUUUUAAUUUUUAUUAUCCUUUUCUUUAAGCCCUAGUAAUUGUCUUCCUUCCAAGACACUGCUUCUUCUUCUUCUUCUCCUUCCUGAGGAGGAAAGGUGAUGUUGCAGGGACCUCCGGGAUUAAUUGGAAACUCCGGCGAUGUCGCCACUCCGGCACAGCCGCCACAACAACCAGUACAAGCUCACGGAAGUGUUGCAGUUGAAUUAGGCGGUGGAUUUAGCGAAGAAGAAACUGGAGGAAGAAUCGAAGGUGAACGGAGUGGAAACGGAUGGCCGAGGAAGGAAACAUUGGCGCUGAUUCAAAUCCGGUCGGAAAUGGAUUUCGCUUUUCGUGAUGCGAGUGCCAAAGGUCCAUUAUGGGAUGAAGUUUCAAGAAAACUUGGAGAGCUCGGGUAUCAUCGAAGUGGGAAGAAAUGCAAGGAGAAAUUCGAAAACGUCUACAAAUAUCACAAGAGAACCAAAGAAGGUCGCACCUCCAAAGCCGACGGAAAAACCUAUCGAUUCUUCGAUCAAUUAGAGGCUCUCGAAGCAAAUACACAAAGACCACCGGCCGGAAUGACAACUACCACCACCUCUCAACAUCCAUUCUCACAGCCGUCUGUUGUAAUUCCUUUCAACGUCACUGGAUCUCAUUCUCAUCAGACAAACGUCAGUCCUAUCUCCGUUGCAGCACCAGCAAUGGUUAAUCACGGCGGUACCGGUAGCGGUGCAGGUGCCUUUCCGUUCUCGUCUUCGAACACCACGUCUUCAUCUACUUCUUCCGACGAGGAGCCACCGGAACUCAGGAGGAAGAGGAAGAGGAAGUGGAAGGAUUUCUUUGGGAGGUUGAUGACGGAAGUGAUUCAUAAACAAGAGGAGCUGCAGAUGAAAUUCCUUGAUCAGAUCGAGAGACGAGAACGAGACCGGAUGGCCCGAGAAGAAGCUUGGAGAAUAGAAGAGAUGGCGAAAAUGAACCGGGAGCAUGAGCUUCUGGUGCAGGAGAGAUCCAUCGCCGCCGCUAAAGACGCCGCCGUCAUCACAUUCUUACAGAAGAUAACCGAACAAAACUCGAACAAUCCCGUCACUCAAAUCUCACAGCAGCCACCGCCACAGCAACAAAAGCAGCAGAAUCUACAACCUGUACAGACACCACCGCCACCACCACCACCACAAACACCAACUCCACCACCAGCUCAGCAACAACAUCAAGUUCAGCCGCCGGUAUUACCGGCGACACCAUUGGUGAAGAAUCUAGAUAACGGUGGCGGAGGAAAGUCGAAUAUUAUCCUAGCGCCAAGCCCAUCGAGAUGGCCAAAAACAGAAGUAUACGCACUGAUCAAACUCCGGACAACUCUGGACAUGAAGUAUCAAGACAGCGGACCAAAAGGUCCUUUAUGGGAGGAGAUAUCCGCCGGAAUGAUAAAGCUCGGGUAUAACAGGAACGCAAAAAGGUGCAAAGAGAAAUGGGAGAAUAUCAACAAGUACUACAAGAAGGUGAAGGAAAGCAGCAAGAAAAGACCCGAAGACUCUAAAACAUGUCCAUACUUUCACCAGCUCGAUGCUAUUUAUAGGGAGAGAGCCAACAACAGUAGCCACAGUAGUCUCAGGUUACCGGAAACCACCCAGAUGGAGCCGAUUAUGGCAGAACCAGAGCAGCAAUGGCCACUUCCGGCGGCCGUCGUUCAGCAACAACAGCCUACGAUUCACCAGAAUAACGAAGAUGAUUAUGACGAUGAAGAUGAAGACGACGAAGACGAAGGCGGCGAUUACGAGAUUGCACCCAACAAUAACUCAUCAUCAGUAGCUACAGUGACGAUGGCGGAAACAUAA